AUUUAUAACAAAUAAGCUGUUAUAAAAGCUAAUUUUAAAAGCGGUAAAAGUGCAAUGUCGGUUACCGCUAUUCAAGAGCAUGGGCAACAUGGACGAAUUCUGGACGCUUUCGCACCGUUUCCGAGUGCCAUAUCUCACCCAGAAACAAUUUGCGCAAAUGCGAUGUCUCCACCAAAAGAUUCUGAAAUUCAAGUCGACGAAAAUAAUAACGAAGUAGUGGCAUCUCCACCCAAUGAACAUCCUCCUCCAGAUUGGAGCGAAGACUCUGGUAGUUGUUCUAUGAAAGAUGACGAACACUCAACACACGAGGAAGACAGUGUUUGCAGAGAGAGGAAUUGCUCCGGAGCGCAUUCAGACUCCAUCGAUGUCGAAAUAUCCGAUGAAGGAUCAACGAAUCAGGAUGAUGACGGCAAUCUCAUUAUUUGCGAAGAAAAUGAAGAAAUGAAGGAGAAGGAUCAAAUUGAAGUAAAGAAUGAUCCGAAAAGGAAAAGAUUCGAAAGCGAGAAUUUCGCAAUGAAAUCCGAAUUUUCUGAAAAUAUUGCAGAUCGCCGCUCAUCAAGCGAGUAUUUUUCGCCUGCGAAUUCACCGCAGCAGAGCACGACUGUUAGACUGGAUGGAUUCUCUCAUUAUUUUGCUCAUAAUCUUCACACAAUGCAUCGUCGUGACCUGUUUUGUGACGUCACUAUCAAGGCUCACGAUUCCCUAUUACACGGACAUAAAGUGGUUUUGGCGGCGUGCAGUCCCUAUUUCUAUAAUGUUCUAGAAAAGAGAAAUGCAUCUCCACACAGAAAGGAUCUGAACAUUGGGGUGUCAACCCACAGUUUUAUAGAUCUUGGGAAGUCGGUUUCACCAAUUGGUCUCGAGCAAAUAUUGGACGGCAUGUAUAGUUCAAGAAUUUCUCUGCACAGAGAUACUGUUCACGAUGUAUUAGAAGCAGCAACAUUUCUCAACAUGCAACUCGUUGUUGACGUCUGCUAUAAAUUUAUUGAUUCAGAGCAAAUGAAAGCAGAGGAAAAGUUCAAAACCUCUACGAACCAAGAAAACGAACAACAGAUAAGAAAAGCCGAUUUUGUGGAAUCACCCAUUGAUCUGACAGCUUUGUCAAAACGAAAUCGGAGAACUUCCAAUUCGGCUGAUGAUAAAUCGGAAUCCAAAAGUGAUUUAGAGACAGUGGAUUCAGCACAUAGUUCUACAACUUACAGCAGAAAUAAUACGACACCCGAUCCGGAAGAUAGCACAAUUUAUCAACGAGUAUCGCACAAAGAUCACAUUGAGCCCAAAACUGUCAAUCCCAAGUCAAUGAACUGGAAGAAAUACAAACUAAUUACCCAGAAUCGAUCGGAACAAAACACGCACUCUAAUUACGGCAUGCAGUUAAGUCCACGAAGUGAUGAUAAACAGACAAGAGCAUUGAGUCCACGAUCACCUAGACAUGACAUCACAGACGAAAGUGAUGAUGUAUUCAUCAAAAAAGAACCAACUCGAUCCACGCGACUGAGUACAGAUUCUGCCACGCAUGAUUUCAGAAACGCGACUUCUCGCUUGGAAUCUCAUUCCGGCAACCUCACAGCCGACCUCAUUCGACGACAUCAGAGGGACCUGUACCAGCAUGUUAUCUCAAACUCCCCUUACGCCUUCAGUCCUGAAACAAUGGCGGCUGCAAUGGCUAUGACAACUUUAACAUCGCCAACGCGACCUUCUACAACAAAACCUCUACCGGCACCAAGACCAGAGCGGCCACCAUUUGGCAUUAGCCCUUGGCAACAUUUCCUUGGACAACGUUUGCAAAAUUCUGUGAUGGAAAAUCCUCUUCUCCGUUCGUCUUUUUCGGGCAUUCAUACCCAUGCCGCAAAAAGCCAUCAUGAUGUCUUGCAAGAACAGAAACAAAGACAGCAGGCGUUUUUGAACUUGGCAGGAAGUGCACAUCGAUAUGUAACUGAGCGUUUCGUCCCACAAAACGUUCCAGAAUUCACUCAUAUAAGGGAAUCUCCAGGGAAGCCGAGUGGACCCACUUACAGCCCACUGCUAUUGACCAGCCUGUUGCAACAAAGCACCGAUACCGCUCCACAUCACGCUAUGAAACGAACUUUUUCCUCUGCGUCUGGGGACAGUCACGGCGAGUUUUCUGCGCCACACGCUCCAAAACGUCUAACACCAGAUCACCAGCCACCCUUCUUCACAGAAAAUUCUCGACGGUUUGUAGUCAAUACUAUAAAGAGCGAGAUUGCUGCAAGACAACAGAAACAGCGCAGAUCAACAACAAGCAGUGCAGGAUCUCCAGAUCGUCCAUACAAAUGUCUUGUUUGCGCAGCUGAGUUCAAUCGUCCCGCGAAUCUGAAAACACACAUGCGAAUACACAGUGGAGAAAAACCAUACAAAUGUCAAUCUUGCGGUGCUAGAUUUGUUCAGGUUGCUCAUCUCAGGGCGCAUAUACUAAUACAUACAGGAGAGAAGCCGUAUCCGUGCAAAGUCUGUGGCACAAGGUUUCGACAUCUCCAGACAUUGAAAUCUCAUCUACGAAUCCACACAGGAGAGAAACCGUAUGCGUGUGAGGAAUGUCAAGUCAGAUUCAGACAUAAAAGUCAACUCCGUCUUCAUCUUAGAACAAAACACGGAAUAAAUACCAAUACAAAGAAAACUUAUCAGCAGGUACCCGGUCUCAGAAGCGCAGAUAUUUCCGCCCAUAUUAAGAGGACCCAAGAAGCCGUGAGAAUGCAAGCACACAAAAAAGAAUUCUGCGAAGCAUAAUAUAUUAUAUAUUGCCAUUCCACAAGAUGUUGAAUUAUUUCAUUUAUAUCGAAAACCUCAUAGUGUUGUAUUAUUAUUAUUGAGAACAAUCAAUUUUACUUGCUUGAAUGUCCAUAUCAGCAAUAAUACCCGUUCGCAUCUGCCAAAGUUAAUUCAGGAAUCAUUCGCCAUUUCUUACUUUUCUGUCAUUGAAUAUGUUUGCCAUGCUUAUAACUUGCCAAUGAUAACGUGCCUUUUUGACAUGUGUGAUCAUUUAUCUAUUUUAUCCAAUUUUAACGUUUUAGGCUUUAUAAAUAGUUUUUCUUCGCAAUCAUGUGUUUUUCGCAGGAUCUUUCAUUUUUUUCUUUGGUGUUGUGUCAAGAUUUAUGAAUAAAUUAUACCAAUGUAA